AUGAAGGAGUUCGCAGCAGGGCGGAAUAUUACUCUAGUGCUCGAUAACGCUCCUUACCAUACUAGAGCUCUAGAGAAGCUUGACCAUUUCGUCGCCAGUCGAGGCGGUGUGGCAGCCUUGCGUUGCUACGCCGCUGAGAGGAUUUGCGAGGAGAUGGGGGUCAGAAUGAGGGCAGUGGAGAUAUUGGGGAGAGUGUCCAGGGACCUCUGCGAGGCCUGGUGUGGGAAGACGUUAGAGGAGGAGGACUCCGCGCGAUUGAAGGAGGCUUUGGAUGCCAGUUAUGGUGAUAAGGGCGCUGAAGAGCCCUCAUCAUCUGACAGCGACCUGUCAGAUGAUGUGAUCAGUGGCUAUAGUGUCGAGCUGUGA